UUUUCGGUUCUUACCCACUCUUCAAUGGCCAGGAAUUAUGAGAAGAGGUACACAGGUCUUAACAGGUUUCUAGAGGCCAAACAGAAAGAGGAGCAAAGUGAGGAACAGAAGCCCAGACCACCAUUGUCCAAACUGUACAGUGCUGAAGAUGUAAAGAAAUGGAUACCUAGCAUUCAGAAAGAGAUACACUACCUGCUACAGCAAAUCGCAGGGUCACACGAGGAAUCCAGAAAUUAUUCGGAUAGCAAGAUUAAAGAGUUUCAAGAAAGAGUGGAUCAACUGAAGAUCCAACACGGGAAAUUUGUCAGUAAAGUGCAAACUUUGGACCCCUCGUAUAAAGGAACAAUUCCAUGGCAGAAUAGAGGUUACACCAGGAAGAGAUCACAUGACCCGAACACAGUAUCACAUGACUCAUCCGCCAAGAAACUAUGCUCCCCAUUAUUAGAGAGAGAAAAGGAGGACAAGAAGAUAAAGAUGGCAGCAGUGUUGGCUGAUAAAGCAUUGCUAACUCCCACACUGUUAGUGGCUUACAGUGACAGUGACUCUUCAGUAGACUAGUUCUUGCUAUUGGUGUUAAGUGAACACUUAUAUAAAUAAUUUAUUGGUAUUACUAUAGGAUGGAUGUUAUAUCAGAACAAUAACUAUUAAACAUCAAGCACAUAACAUACAUAUUCAUUCAAACAA